AUGAGUGAUAGAUCUUCAAAACCACAUAGAUCACAUAAACGACAGAAGUCAUCUUUAACAAACAUAGGCUAUUACUUCCCGGAUCAACAAACAACCCAACAGGCAUCACAACAACCGUUUCAACAAUUCCCGCAACAGAGACAAAUACAGCAGCCACAACAACAGCAGUCACGUCAGCAACAACAGUCGCGUCAACAACAUCAGGGGCAUAACAGACAGUUGUCUCAAUCUUCCCAAUUAUCACCACAUCAAUACCAACUGGCAUCGAUAUCAUCACAAUCGUCACAGCCAUCACAACAAUCACAAGCACAACCGUCCUUCUACGAUUAUGAUCCCUAUAAUACAAUGAAUUACAAUUUUAGUUCAGCUACUGCACCGAGCUCUAGUACGGGUACUGGACAUAAUAUCAUUCAGGGCAUUCCCCCUGCCAAAGCAAACCCGUCUCCAAGCAGAGGCCAGUUUGGUCCUAUUACGUUUUUACCAUACCAGUCGCCUACUCAGUAUACUAUACCUGGGUCUGUGGAUCAGAAUUUUGGGACGAUUCCCCAGAUGCAAUUGCAGUCUGGGCAAUAUAACUCAGAAGCCCCAAAUGUGUAUGAACAGUUCACAUACCCGAAGUCAGUAGCAGAAUUCAACGAUGUACCCCAAUCCGAAAUUAAUACAGGUGUACAAGAAAAGCAGCCUAUAAAACAUAACAAAAACUUGUCUGUAUCUACCAGGUUUAAUUUAUUUAAUUUAAAUGAAAACGAAGGUCAGAGUGAACGAGAAACGGAAGCUAAACCCACGGCUAUAAGUCCCCUUUUCAGUGAUUUCUUGCAGAAUUUGGUUAAUGUGGAUGGAUCCAAUAUUAAUAACUAUUUAUUACAGGUACUAGAGAAACUAGGAUCGCCAUUACCGAUAGAUGAUUUUUAUAAUUUUUUAUAUAAUAACGAGAAGCAAGCCUCUCCUACUCCAGUCAUCCCAACUCAUAAAAUUGACAAGACAAUGGUCAAUUUUUCAGUUCAGUCGCCAGCUUUCAGUCUUUUGGAUCAAUUACUAAACAUAUUCAAGAUUCCAAAUCUGCUUAUUGAAUACUUCCCAAAUAUCGCUAAUAGAGAGAAUAAACUAUUUGGAAUAAAUUACCAUGAAUUAUUAAGAACUUUUUUGGCUAUCAAAAUUUUACACGACGUUUUGAUUCAAUUGCCAUCAAAUAACGAUCCACAGAACUAUACAAUUCCAAGAUUAUCAAUUUACAAAACAUAUUAUAUAAUAUGUCAGAAAUUAAUAAGACAAUAUCCUUCUCCUACAAAUACCUCAAGUGAACAACAAAAAUUAAUUUUGGGCCAAUCUAAGUUAGGAAAACUAUUAAAAUUAGUUUAUCCUGAUUUGUUAAUUAAAAGAUUAGGUAGUAGGGGUGAUUCAAAAUACAAUUACUUAGGCGUAAUUUGGAAUCAGAAUAUCAUUGAUGAUGAAAUUAAGAAACUUUGCGAUGAAAACGAAUUGGUUCAUUUACAUCGGAUUUUUGACACUAAGGAUAAAAACAUAUCUUUUCAAAGAAGAAGAAAUCACUCGACAACUAGUUAUAAUUCAAUUCCAGGUCACAAGAUUAAAUUGAAAACGAGGUCUAAAUCUGAACCUCAGAUACAACUAACACGUUCGCGUACUGAACCAUAUAGUAAUGAGAAUAUAAUAUCUCCUAGCUUUUCAUUCAUUAAACCACAUUUGAAAUUUCCAGAAUCAGAUAAUUUUACCAUUUUGGAAGAGAAGAAUAAAGAUAACUGGUUUAUAACGAUAAAGCAGAGGGUGUAUGAAUGGUUCAAACGUUGUAACUUAUCAUUUUCAAUACCUGAAGCGAUCCAGCUGGUUUUCCUCAAUAGUGAUAACUUGGUUGAAAAGACUUUCCUAUGUAAUGGUUUGAUAAAUAAGAUAGUUAAGCCUUUAAACUCGGAUCUUGCAUAUGUCGAAAACGCUGAUUUAUAUUUAUAUUUAGUUGCCAUCUUGGAAUUGCUACCGUAUCUAUUAUUUCUUAAAACCUAUCCCCAGGUUAAUUAUUUGAAGAAUCUAAGAUUAAAUUUACUAUACUUGAUUGAUAAUUUUAAUGAUGAAUUAGCUACUAUAGAUACUAAUAAUCACUUCAAGAUUGAACAUUCAAGAAGGUUUCUCAUUUUGAUGAAAAAGCUUAUAAAUAUUAAUGAUCUAUUGAUAACAUUUAUUAAGCUCAUCAAUAAAGAUGAUUCAUCUAAUUCCUCGGUGAUGGUUCUGGAUAUUGAAAACUAUUUAAACGUUUCUGAUGAGAAUCAAUCAGAUAAUGGAAUCGAUGAAGAUAGUGAAUCUAAAUUAAGUUUCAACAAUGAUAUUCUAUCAAAAGAUCUUAUUUAUGCCUUGAAUGCGUAUAAUUUUGAUCCUACUUUGGACCAUCAUUCCAAGUCUGCUUUAUCCACUGACUUUAUAUGGAAUGAGGUUAAUUUAAUUGGAAACUUUUUCAGAAUAGAUUUAUUAAAUUUUUUGAAUGAUGAGGAUUUAGGAGAGAAAUAUGAACUGGUGACAUCCAGAGAACCCAACGAUGAAACAGACUCCAUACUUUCAAAGAAAGAAAGCACAAAGCUUGCGUCAUUACUCACUCUAAUUCAUGAUAAAUUACUCACCAAGCAUUUCAAAGCAAAGUAUCCGAUUCUAGUCUAUACAAACAUAUUGAGUCUUAUACUUAAUGACUCGUUGAAGUAUAUUUUCAUUAAAUAUCAAAAGCAACAAAAUAAUCAGCAUAAAGAUGAGAAUCAAAAUAGCUUUGGUAAUUGGUGGGUAUUCAAUUCGUUUGUUCAGGAAUAUUCAAGUUUAAUGGGUGAGGUUGUUGGCUUAUAUGAUUCAGUUUAG